AUUUAUCUUGGACUUCACGUUGGAAUGGUCUCCAAGAGCUUUCUCUUUCCCAGCGGCGAUUGUUGACACACAGUCAAUCUGUUUCUCGCUUCCCCUCCCCUCCCCCCAAGGCCGCCAUAAAGUGUCCACAGCUGUGCCCUUGAUUACCCCGCCCUCUCUGUGCCCACAAGGCGGUGGGGGUGGGGGCGAGCUGAAAUGCUGCGCGGCCGUUACCGCCGACAAAAAGGGACAAUUUUCAAACAUUUUUGCUUUUUAUCAGGGAAGCUGAUGGCACAUAGAAAGUGCAUCAUUUUAUUCUGAAUGCUUUUUAAAUAUGGGUCACUUGGCCAGAAUCAGCCCCGAAGGAUGGGAGAAGUUCAAAACCUGAAACAAUCACACAGAUUUGCAGGUUUCUUUCCCCGUUGCCUUUUAAAUUAUGUGACCUGACACUCGGGAAAACGGGGAGGGAGGGUGGGUGUCUCUCACCGACCGACGCCCCCACCUGCAUCGCCCUCCUCUCCUCACAGUGAGUGGGGAGCGUGGAAAUGUGUGCCCGGCAGGAAUGGCGGCCUGCAGGCCACGAGCGCCUUUUCACUUAUUGCUCUUGUUCCAGGCAGUAUCACGAUCGGGGGCCUGUGGGCCGGUGCCUCGGGAUGCGACGACUUUCCCAGCCCCGGAGGAGAGGAACUCCUCGGUGUGUUCGCCGAGGACCCGCAAAGGCGUGAGCCCGCAGGGUUGCGUCCGGCCAGGGAGGCGCGUGCAGGGGCGCGGCCGGGCGGCGCAGGUGUUCCUCGGAGGCGCGCCCCUGCUGGCCGGGCGGUUGGGGCCGCGGUGGCUCAGGACGAGACGGAGGACCGCCGGCGGCCGUGCCCGCGCGCACCCGGCGCAGGGAGGAGGGCCGGGCCCCGAGCCGCGGCGGGGACCCCAGGGCGCCGGGCGCGGCGAGGACGGGGCUGUGCGGCGGCGCGAACCACCCCGACCGGGCGUGGGGCAAAACCCGCCACCCGGCGGCGUCGCGGGGUGGGGGCGUGGGAGGCGGCGAGGGAGCUCCCAGGCCGGGGCUCACCGCCAGGGAGCGGUUCCCGGAACUGACCCUGAACCAGGAGGCGGGCCCCGGGAGGGUAUCUGGGCCACUUGACGACUGGACAAAAGUUUCCCAAGACAUUCAGACUCCAAACUAGAGAUGGUGUCAAGCGAUGCUCAGAAAGCCUCCCUGGGUUGUGAGGACCGCAAUGAGAUUGAUUGAAGCCAUCUUGUCAAUUCGGAUGAAGGAAUGGACACACUGGACCUCAUAUCUGCCGCAGACCCGCUGGACCAACCGAGGAACCUGUAAGGAAUGCAGCCCCACUAGUUUGCAAGGAAAGAUCUGUUUCAGAUUCCAACUCUCUUGAGAUGGAAAAGACUUCUGGAGGGACCAGACCAAGGGUCACCAGAGCACCUGCUAGCAUAACCUCAUGUUCGUCCAAUCAACCGCAAACACCUUCUCAGGAGACCCCUGCCCCCAAUUUUGCCCUUAAAAACCCUCACUUGCAAGCCAUUGGGGCGGUGGGCAUUAGCUCCCGGUUCUCCUGGGUGGUGCCAAACCAAUAAAUAGCUCAUCUUUG